AUGAAACUUUAAUCUCAAGAUUUUAGGUUUCUAGACUCUAACAAAUUCUAAAGCAUACCAUAAUUGUAAGUAAUAAUAUUCCUAAAUCUAUAUAGAUUCUAGUUAUAGGAGAUGGAUCUACGGGAAAAACAUCACUUCUUAAUAUACUCACUUAUAGAAAAUACCCAGUCUAACUUAAAUCCUUCUAAUCCAAAAUACCUAUUAAAACAUAAGGAUGUGAUAUUAAAAUUGCUUUGAGGAAUCUAUCCAAUUCAAAAGUUCUUCUUAAAAUGAUUGAUCUUUCUGGAGAUAAAUCAUAACGAUAAUAUCUAGAUAUUUAUAUUUCUAGACUCAAAUUAGAUGCUAUUAUAUUUUGUUUUGAUCUUACCAAUCUUAAAACAUUGACUAAUUUCUCUAAAUGGAUUAGACAGCUUACUUUAAAGGAUACUAUCUUUCAUGAAAUUGAUGAAUACCUAGACACAGAUAGAAGUGAUUUCUCUACGCAAAAUACAACACUUAUUCAUGAUGAUUAAACUUAUCUUAUCAAUAAUCAUGAUUACAAAAGAAUAUCUAUUGAAAAAAUACUCUAAACACCUUUCAUUUUUAUUGGUUGUAAACUUGAUCUCAUUCCUUCUGAAAAUCAUCGCAAGUUGGCAUCAUAAGUUUAUAAUAAAGUAAUUGUAUCUCUAAUUAAUUUAGAUUCAAUAAUUUUAUAAAUAACCUAAUUAAGUAAUCUUAUUAAGUAGUAUUUAUCCAUCAUUAUAUUCUGAUCAAUUUAAUCUGUUAGAAAGUUUUAUUACUAGGGUAUAUUAAAGAGAUCAUAUUGAAGAUUUCUUUAUUAGAAAUUUCAUAUAAUCCAAAUCUACAUCAACAGAUGAGUCUUUUUGGAUAAACACUUUCUAAACUUAACUUCGAAAUAAUAAACAAUUGCUGUGCAUUUAUAUUAAACAUUUUUGUAAGAAAUUACUACUUCUAAAAAUGAAAAGAUGA